CCGGAGUGGGAAAACUGGAAAGAGAACAGGCCGCACACGGCGUGGCAUCCGCCAGCUUCCAGGAUUGCAGUAUCAUCCGAAUCUCCGCGUUGGAAAAACCGUUCGGCGAACGAUAUCGCGGGAUAAACCCGGAACUUCCGUAACUUUCCCCCGAAACGUAAACCGGUAAAAGUGACGCGCUGCAGUAGAGGAUUUGUUUGUUUGUUUUUUUUUUUGGAAUUUUGGGGCGUGUAUGUGGUUUGAAAAAUGAGGACAGAACUUUUGGAAGUUGUGACUCUUGAAAGGAUUUUGAAGCUUUACGGAAUGUUGGUUUGUUAAAUUAUGUUAAAAAAAAGUUUCACAAACAAAUAAAUGAGAAUUAUUAUUAUUAACAGUGUUAGUGUGACAAUAAAAAUAUUCAAUGACUUUAUUCUUGAUUUAAAAAAACCCACUAUACUUCAAGACCCGCCCAUUUAGAAGGCGGAUCUGUUCAAUGAGAUGAAGCUCAGAAGCUAAUGGUGAACAAUGGCAAACCGAAAUAGUGCAAAAUUUAGUGUUUUUUGAUAUUGACUAGUGAAGCCAAAGAAAUAGCUACAAUGUCUGCAGGUUCCGCGGUGGCGAUGAUAGGUGCGAAUCUACGUUUCGGCAGCAGCAUCGCAAACGUAACGUCGAAUGUCACGAAAGUUUUUCAAUGUCACCCGGGAGGCACGGCGGAAGCGGCACUGAUUUUCGCUCUGGGUACAAUGGGAAUGGCUGCGAACUUGGCUUUGAUGGGAGUUAUAUUGUCGAACCGGCAACUGAGAAGAUGGUCCCAAGGUCUCCUUUUCCACCAAGGAGCCGUCGACUGCGCCCGCGCCGCUCUCCUACUGCCCCUGGGUACCUCCAUACUGCACUGCCAACCAGUACACAAAUGUUCCUUGGUAGAAACGGCAUUUCUACUAUUGGUCACGGUAGCGACUGUCAAUAUGCUCACGACUGUACUAAAUGAUUCUCCCAUAUUUCCUGACGACGAAGAUGCCGACCGGAUGAUAUCAGAAGCGCCGUUACUCAUGGACUCUCCGCAGUGCGUGUUGUUUGGUACCUCGAUGAUUUGGUUCGCUUCGAUUACCAUUAAUUUGGGACCAACGUUUUUAUCAGGUGCUUUAGCUGCUCAAGGCGAAGCCGGUCACAAGCAUCCAUCCUGUCCAUUAAUCUACGGCCCAUUAAGACACUACAUCCUGAACGCCCUGUGGAUAGCUGUAAAUCUAGUGUGUGUAUCGCUUACGUUAUUUCACUUAAGAAAAUUACAUAGAGACUUAACUAAAGCCAACGUAGAAGCUGUAAGAGUAGCGGGAUUGGUGACGACGCUAGUGAACGUCACCGGUGGGUCCAAUCAGAUGAAUUCGAUUAAUCACAGGACAAGCGGUGGAGCUAUGGAAGAGCAAAGAAGGAUGCGAGAUUACCUGAGAAAAAUGGAAAGAGACGGUGUACAAAGAGUGAAAAUGUUUUUAGUUAUAACAGCCGCUUACGUCCUUUUUUGGGGACCCUUAUUCAUAGUCACCCUCAUCAACCAUCCAAUUGUCGGGAGCAACCCUUUGGGACACGAGAUUACCCUCCACAUAUCCUACGUCCACGCGAUAGUCAAUCCGACAUUGUUCCUGGUGCUGCACAGAGGACUGAGAAGAGCAGCCCUCGACGCCUGUUGCGGCUGGGUACCAAUUUGGCUAGGACCGCCGCCAGUGCCCACGCCGCCCGACCCGCCCAGACGCACAACGGUGCCGGAGAUAGCGUGCCUCAAGCCGCCCAUGCCCGCCCAUCCCGACAGUGCAAUGGGAAACACCGAUUUGAGUCUAUGGUCGCCAGACAGCUCCACCGACUUGGUGCUGCCCCUGGAUCCUUUAAACGGGGGAAUGGAAAUACCUCGAUUUUCGAGUCCCGAGUUGGAACUUUCGCCGACGGACAGCGACGAGAAAGAACAGUUUGAUUGGAAUCGUUCCACUAGAAUAUAGACACAUAACAAACAAACAAAAAAUAACAUGGUGACAGCUAAUUAAAUUCCAUUAUUUAGUAUAUUUUUAUAUUUUUUAAACCCAGUUCCCAAUAAUUCCAGUUUAUUCCAUAAUCAUUGAAUGGGAGUAUCAAAACAAUAAAAUAUAAAUUUCCCAUUUAAAACCCAACCACUUCUUUAAUCGAAAUGACAACUUUGCAUACCAAACAAAGCUGUUUGGAUUUUCAAAUUGAAUGAAAUGAAACCGGCCGCAAAACAAUGGGGGCCGUCAAUAGGGGAUAUGAAUGCCGCCACCACACAAUGCCUUUGAAAGAAUUGAGUUUUCCAACCGCUCAUUGGAGGAUUUGGAAAUCGAGGGAUGAUUGCUGACAAGUAUAGGAAUAAUAAAUUCAUUGAAGUUCUAUUGAACACAUUUUCGUUUAUUUUGCAGUUGAAAUAAAUAUGAGGUAGUAGAGCUGGGCAAUUAUUUAAGAAUAUUUGGAAAAAUAACGAAUUAAAUCAAACCAACAGAACGGGAUUUGAUUGAAUAGAUAACUUAGGAACCAUAUGCGUAGAUUAUCCAAACUGGUCUUUUCACGUUUCCUUUACCCGUAGAUUUGCGCAAAAAACAACACUGCUUUCCGAGAGUGACAAAAAUUGUCCCAAUCUGUAAGGGUAUGUCAUGUUUAACAAUAGUACUUACUUUUCAAAGUAUUUUUUACAAGUUUCUGCCAAAAAAUAUUAAAUACAUGUUAGAUCCUAUUAUAAAUCCGCCACUCAUACUUUUUGAUUGCCCCCUGUAACUACAGUUAAAGAAGCCAGAAAAUUCAACUAUUUUCAAGAUGAAUUGAAUCACGAAAAUUCAAGCGCGUUAGAGAAGGACGCACAUAACUAUAAAAGCCCCGGUGCGCACCGCGUAAGGAUCAGUUCUGAUUGAUGUACGACAAGUGCAGUAAACUGUAAAAUCAGGAACUAAAUAACCACGUUCGAAAAUAAUCGUGCCGUAUAAGCUCCUCUAAUAAAUAAAAUCCUCUAAUCCCUUAUUCUGUUUACAUUUUGACAGCUAACCCAACUUUUCUUUUGCUUAUUUUCUAACUUUAAUAGCGUUUUCCAUCUGUCGAAUCAGGGCAAAAAAAAUGUAUCCUUAUCCUUACAUGUUUUUACAAAAAGAUGCGGAUACACUCAGUGCGGCACUGAUGACAAAUGGAAAUCGCCAUAUUUAUUCUGAAGGUUCCCGAGUUUAAUUAAUUUUCCCUUGAUGUUUUAUGGAGGAAUUAUUAGAAAUUGCUGUUCUGGGAGAUGUGAAUGGAGCCUAAAAUUAUUUUGACAUAGCAUAGCGUUACGGUAAGGCAUCCGCUAAGUCCCGUUAGGUAACGGGCUCCGCUAACGCUGAUACCGUAAGAACUGUCAAAUAACGUUACGGUAUUUGAAAUUUGGAUAGCACAAGAACUCUCUAUUGUGUUUAAUAAAAUUCGUUAAAGUUCGAAAAAGUAGUCUCACUUAUCUGCGAACCCGUCUAAGUAACAAUUGGUGUCAGAAGUGGGAUAAGUGAGUGAAGAAACUUGCAUUUAUGGUAAAUACGAGAAAACACACUGUCAAAAUGAAAUGCGGACGAAAAAAGAGCAAAAGAAAAACAAGAAGAACAGGCCCGACUACAGAAAAUCCUGCAAGAACAAGAGGACAAGCGACAACUAGAACACGACCGACUACAAAAAAUCCUUCAAGAACAAGAAGACAGGCGACUUAAAGAAAAACAGGAAGAAGAGGACAAGCGACAGCAAGUGCAAGACCGGCUCCAGAAAAUUCUGCAAGAACAGGAAGACAACGACAUGGGGAUAUUGACAGGAUCGCUGGGUUGUUCCAGAACAUUCAACAAGAAGUCAAAGGCGAAAUAGAAAUAGUUCGAGAAAAAGUAAAAGGCGAAAUGGGGACGAUCCGAGAGGAAUUCGAGAAAAAAUAUAGAAAACUGGAGAAGAAAAUGGAGAAAAUUCGCGAAGAACCCAAUAUCAACGAAAGUACCAGCAAAAUGGAUGUAUCGGUGAGCCCAAUCGUACGCGGCCAAUUCAAACCACCAACUUUUGACGGCGAAACUUCAUGGUCCAUGUAUAAACGACAGUUUGAGGCCGCUGCUAGUACAAAUGCAUGGGAUGACAAACAAAAGCAACAUCAUUGGUACUUGCACUACGAGGAAAGGCGCUUGAAAUUCUUCAAAAUAUUCCCGAGGCAAAACGAAGUGAUUAUGCAGCUGUUGUAGGAGCCUUAGAGCUUAGGUACGGAAACAAGUAUCUCAGUCAAGUCUACCAGAGUCAACUCAAAAGCAGAGUCCAAGGUCCAUCUGAAACACUGCAGAAAAUUUGUUGGAAAGAGCCUUUUAUAAGGUAAAUAACUUUUUUGCGAACACAUAAUUUUGAGCAUUCCACACACUGGAGCAUUGUUUAUAGGUAAUUUGUUUUGUUAAUAAUUUAUUAGACUAAUUUAGUUUAUUUUAUACCUCGAACUCGAUGUCCCUACUUAUGUAUUCUGUUUGUAUUGUUUUGAUUUUGUAUACAGAUAGAUGUAUAUUAUUUUUAAGGCUUUGUCAACAAAUUUUGUUAAAUUUUUCUCCUGACAAUAAAGCAUUAUUAUUAUUAUUACCGUUGUCCAUGCAUUGGAAUAUGAAGCUGUCAGAAAUGCCUCUUUAAAUCGAAGAAGCAAGAUCAGGGAAAUGAAGAUAGCAGAGGACCGCCCAAACUCAGACGCAGAUUUGUUUCUAAAACUGGAGGCGCUGAUUUAGGAAUUCUGCGCGAAGUUAGAUAAAGAGCCAAGAGCCAGAAAACAGAUCAAAUUCUACAACAGCGGCCAAGAAGGACAUAUUAGCAGAAACUGUAGGCGACGUUCCCGCUGAGGAGAUCCUGAAGCGGAGAAAGAAGGUGAUUCCAGAUAUCAUCAGGGAAACGCCACCUCGCCAGUAUAAGGGGGCGAAUGCUGGCGACCACCGAUUCUCGAGCCCCCAAAGUAAUGUUGUUCUCUAUCAAGAAGAAUUGUAAAAGUCUCGUUGCCCAAGGCACCAGGCACCCUCCACGGCAAGAAAUGUGAUUUGACCAUCGACACAGGGGCAUCAAGAUCAGUGGUUCGCCCCGACAAGGUUUCUAAGGACUCUGUAAUGAUGUUGAGAAAUGAACCACUGCUAGAAACAGCUAAGGGAAAUUUGAUAAAUGUUUUUGGAGAGACCACCGUGACAUUGGGAAUAGGCAGCACCGAACUUAAGUAGAAGUGAUAGUUGCUGACAUAGUGGAUGAAUUUAUAUUGGGAGUGGAUGUCGUAGAAACCUUUGAUUUCCUAUCAGUGGACUUUAAAAAUAAAAGGUUGAGAGAAAGCAAAUACUCUUCUAAUCACCGUCAAAUAAGGACUGUCAAAUUAGAAUAAUCGUUGAUGAAGAUACACGAAUUCCUGGAAAUAGUGAAUCGAAUGUGCGGGCACACCUAGAAAACAGCUAGAAGGCGUGAACACCAUGAUCGUGCAACCAACAGGAAGCAUGCAGAAUGGAACACUUGUGGCAUAUUUCUUAGUGAAUUCCAACAAUGUUUUUCCAGUGAGAGUGACCAAUCUAACAACAAACCGUGAAAUAUUGAAGAAAAGAGACGUCAUUGGCAGAUGUACACCAACUAUACGAGUAGUCAGAUGCGCAAAGAAAGAGCCUGUGUCAAAUGAAGCACAUUUAUCAAUAGAGCUUCUGGAGAAGUUUGAAAAGAGCUGGAAUCACUUAGGCCAGCAAGAAAAGAAGAAAGCUAUUGACUUUGAGCAGAAAGAGGCUGGUGUUUUUGUGCAAGAUAAAAUUAUUGGACGUACUCAUUUGGUAGAUCAUCGCAUUAACACAGGAAGUGUUACACCCAUUCGCCAAGCGCUACGAAGACUCCCUUUCGCAAAGCAACAGUACUAGUUACGAAAAAGGAUGGUUCUACCAGGUUUUGUAUGGAUUAUAGAAGGUUGAAUGACGUUACGAAGAAAGACAGCUAUCCGUUACCCCGGAUUGACGAUACCCUUAACACCGUAUUAGGAUCCAAGUGGUUUUCAACCGUGAACUUGAAAAGUGGAUAUUGGCAGGUGGAACUCAAUACAGAGGAUAAAGAGAAGAACGCAUUUACUGCAAGAAACGGCCUAUACCAAUUUAACGUCAUGCCGUUUGGAUUAUGCAAUGCACCUGCCACUUUUGAAAGACUGAUGGAGUUAGUUUUGCGAGGACUGACUUGGAAAACGUGCAUAGUAUAUCUGGAUGAUGUCAUGGUGAUUGGCAAAGAUUUCGAUGAACACCUGUCGAAUUUCAAGGAAGUUUUUGCCAGGAUUCGAAGUGCCAAUCUGCAACUAAAUCCCAAGAAGUGUGUCCUAUUUCAGGAAAAAGUAGACUUCCUCGGUCAUGUCGUUUCAUCAAAAGGAAUAGAGACAGAUUCAGAUAAAGUCCAAGCUGUGCGAGAUUGGCCCUGACCAAAGAAUAAACAUGAAGUUAGAAGCUUCCUGGGACUCUGCAGUUACUACCGCCGGUUUGUCAAGGAUUUUGGGAAGAUUGCGAAGCCUUAACAUGAACUUACUGAAAAGAACGCUCGUUUUGAUUGUAUACCUGAAUGUCAACGAUCUUUCGUGGAGCUGAAAAAUAAAUUGACUAGUGCUCGAGUUCUGGCGUAUCCCAGGGAUGAAGAUCUAUUUAUGUUAGACACCGAAGCUUCGCAAAGUGGAAUAGGGCUGUUCUUUUCUAAAUUCAAAACGGGAUGAAGUAGUAAUUGGAUACUUCAAUAAGUCCAUUGGAAAGGCAGAGAAGAAUUAUUGCGUCACUCGAAAGGAGCUUCUGGCAGUAGUAAUUUCUAUUGAACAUUACCACAGCUUUCUCUAUGACCGGAAGUUCCUAGUUAGGACCAACCAUUCUGCAUUGCAAUAGCUGCUCAAUUUUAAAAACCCGGAGGUUACCAACGCGCGGUUAGAGAAAUUACAAAGUUAUGACUUCCAAAUCAAAUAUGGCAACGGAAGGAGUCAUGCCAACGCCGACAGCCUAUCACGAAGACCAUGUAUUGACAGCUCAUGCAAAUUCUGCCAAAGGCAAGAGGAAAAAGAGGCAACCAAAAAUUCUGGAGUCGUUCAACAAAUAAGGCUUAAGAAUUCCGACAAAGACGCUAAUACUGAUGAAGACAUUACGAGAAAAGACUUCGAAGAACAACAAAAUAUGGAUAAGGAAUUGAAAAUGGUGCGUGGCUGGCUACAAGACGGACAAUGACCUGAAUGAUAAGAAAUUUCCAGUUUGAGUCAAACGGUGAAGGGAUACUGGCUGCAAUGUGGAACUCGUUGUGCCUGCGAGAUGACUUAAUCACUCUUAAAUGGGAGAGUCUAGAUGGAAAAAAACCUAGUAUAUCGGACCGUUGUGCCAUGGACCAUGGUGGACAGAGUGCUUCAAGAACUGCACAGUAGUAGGAGUGGACACUUUGGAGUCAAUGGACCUUGGCUCGAGUAAGAGAUAGGUAGGAUUAACUGUCGUAGGGAUGUUGAAGAGUGGUGCAAGAGAUGCGAUCUCUGUGCUAUUAAGAAAUAACCCAAGACGCGAUCCCGUGGAGAAAUGAAGCAGUACUUGUCCAAUUCCCCUUGGAAGAGAAUUGCCUGACGAAGUCAGGGAAUAAGUACCUCAUGGUUGCUAUAGACUAUUUUUCAAAGUGGCCAGAAGUAGUUCCCAUACCCAAUCAGGAAGCAGUUACUGUUGCGGAAUCAUUGCUGGAAAACGUCAUAUCCAGACAUGGGGUACCGAUGGAACUUCAUACCGAUCAGGGAAGGAAUUUUGAGUCAGAGGUAUGGAAAUAACUGAUGAGGUUACUGGGAGUAAGAAAAACGAGGACGACUGCACUUCACCCACAGCAUGAGUCCACCGGCUAUAUACCAUCUAAGCUGUUGACUAGAAGAGAAAUGAAGCUUCCAGUAGAUUUAAUGUUUGGCAGGCCUCCAGUCGAUGAAGACUAGGCUGUACUUCCAGUUUAAGUGGCUGAUCUCCAGGACAGACUUAGAGUGGUACACGAUUUCGAUAGAAAUAAGCUACGUCUGACCAGUGACAGAAUGAAGAUGAGACUAGACCAACGGCAGUCACUGAACACCUUUAAUGAAGGCGAUGCUAUCUGGUUGUAUCAGCCACAGCGAAGAAAGGGACUUAACAACGACCAUGGGAAGGACCAUACAAGUUCAUUGAGAAAAUCAACGACUUGGUAUACAGGAUACAACUUACACCCAAAGCCAAGCCCUAGGUCGUUUACAUGGAGAGGCUGGCUCCAUACAAGGGCAAGAGCGCAUAGACUUGGAUGCGAUUGGGAUGAGCUGUUCGGGGCGAACAGCUUUGAGGCAGGGGGCAGUGUUAUAAAUCCGCUACUCGUACUUUUUGAUUGCCCCCUGCAACUACAGUUAAAGAAGUUAGAAAAUUCAACUAUUUUCAAGAUGAACUGAAUCACGAAAAUUCGAGCGUGUUAGAGAAGGACGCACAUAACUAUAAAAGCCCCGGUGCGCACCGCGUAAGGAUCAGUUCUGAUUGACGUACGACAAGUGCAGUAAACUGUAAAGUCAGGAGAUAAAUAAUCACGUUCGAAAAUAAUCGUGCCGUAUAAGCUUUAUUUCGAGUAGUUCGGAGUGUAAAGUUUAAAUUUCGUGUGAUUUUUAUGUUAUUCGAAGUUCGAAAAAGUAGUCUCACUUAUCUGCGAACCCGUAUAAGUAACAAUACUUAUCUCAACGUACGCCAUUUCUAUCUUUUUCUCGCAAAACUCUUUUUAUUCUUGUUUGAUGAAAAAAAAAAAAAUUCCAACUUUUUCAGGAUAUUCUCUGUCAUCAUGCAAUUGAACCAACAACCACAAAUUCAUUAACAUCUUAUUAUGGACAAACAAUAGAAAAAAUUCCAUAAUUUCGAUACUAUAUUUUUGAACCACUGGCUAGAGACUUAUAAGUAGUUGACACAUAAAUGUUUAAGCAGAAAAAAAAAAAGAUAGAAGUAAAAAAUAAUUAUUAAAAGUAUCAAUUAUUAAGAAAUACAUGUUUAGAGAUAAUAAUAAAUGUCAAAUAGCAGUAGAUCAUUACAAUCAGUCGUGGUGAAUAAAGUAAGAUAUUCUAGUGGAACGAUUCAUGAACUAGAUGACUAUACGGAAUAAGACAUUGAAAAUUGGAACUGACUAUUACUUAUGAAAUCUAGUAAAAGUAUUUUUAAAAAUAUAUAUAUUAUAUUAUAGAAAGGAAUUGAUUAAAAUUGUUAGAGAUUAAAAGCAAAU